UUUGUGUUGGAGAAGUACCAAAAAUGGGGGGGGACAUUUUUUGGUCCUCCCUAGGGAUAUUUCUUCUGACUACGAGCCACAUACAAGUAGAGGCUUGUUGCAGUGAGAAGGGAUUAUGCCUGCUUGAGACACUUAAAGAAUUGAAAGAAUGCAAGAAGGCAGCUUUGGCGUCGUUGUUGAAGCCGAAGAAGCUUCUUUUAGACGACUGUCUUGAUGCGCCGCCGACAAUUUUGUUGAUGCCGGCGAACGCGCCGCCGCCACCACCAGUCUCACCGCUUCUCUAUUCGGCUCCACCACCGUGCUUACCUUCUCCUCUUCUGUUACCCCCGUGUCCUCCGCCGCCUAUCAUUUUACCCGCACCGCCCCCAUGUGCUCUGCCCGCGUUACCACCACCACCUCUAAUCCUGCCAGCGCCGUGUCCUCCACCACUUCUACUGCCUCCACCGCCGCCGCCACUAGUUUUACCUGCGCCCCCGUGUGCGCCUCCGCCAUUAGUCCUCCCGGCGCCGUGUCCACCGCCUCUGCUGCUGCCGCCACCGCCGCCCCCGUGCCUACUCCCUCCGCCGGUAGCUCCGCCGCCGCAAGUUAUCUACGCGCCGCCCCCGCCGCCGCCGCAGCCCUUGUUGUUACAGGCUCCGCCACCUCCGCCACCACAACUAUUGGCCCCUCCACCGCCGCCUCCACAGCAGAUCUUGUUCCAAGCUCCUCCUCCACCCCCACCGCAGAUAGUAUAUCAGAAGCCGGCUGCACCGCCAGCUCCUAUGCUGCUGCAGGCGCUGCCUCCCCAGUACGCGCUGCCACCACCGCGGGCUCCCCUGGCGCUACCGGCUCCGCUAGCGUUACCACCGCCGGCGUGUCCGCCGCCGCUGGUGCUCCCUGCUCCCGCGCCGCCGCCGAUGUACUUGUCGGCGCCCGCGCCGCCGCCGGCGUACUACCCUGCUCCGGCGCCGCCGUGCGGCUGCGCGCCGCCGCCGCUGCCCAUCCCCGUGAAGAGCUUCAUCGUGCCUCCGCCGAUUCCAUGCUCUCUCGAGCCCAAGCCGCUGCUGCCGCCGUGCAAGUGCAAAUGUUUUUAAUACUUUUAUAUAGUUUAAGUCAUAUUUAUUACAAUAAACACUAUUAUCACAAAUUUAUAAUGGCGUA